GGGCUGCUGCGUGCCGGGCUCACGCGUGAGGCCGUGCGUGAGUCCCGCCCGGAGGCCGGGUCUCAGCGGCCGGCGCUCUCCCGUGCGCCCAGGCGAGCCGAGCUGCGGGAUGUGGCGGAGCACGGCGGCGUGCUGGGCGCUGAUGCUGCUGGCCGCAGCCUUCUGCGACACGGUGGCCGGUAAGGGCGGGCGCGGUGGUGCCCGGGGGGCCGCCCGUGGCGGAGCGCGGGGGGCCGCCCGCAGCCGGGUGAAGGCGGCUGUGCCCCGGUACGGCUCGUCCCUGCGCGUAGCCGGGGCGGCGGCGGCGGGAGCGGCGGCCGGGGUGGCAGCGGGGGCCGCCCUGCGCCGGGCACGGCUGGCUGGGGAGCUGGAGGUGGGUGAAGGCGCCGAGUACCGUGAUGGCAACUGGUCUGCCAGCGCCUGGACCUCCACCGCAGCGGGACGGGCCCCGCCGGGCUGGGCAGUGUCCUGGCUCUGCCCCUUGGCUGCCGUCCUCCGCCGCUGAUGGUUUCGGGAGGAACAUGGCCCGUGUCUGGUGCAGCUACCGAUGCCGAGAGGACCAGCCUCCCCACCCCGGGGCUGAGCCCACCCCUUGGGAUACCAGCAGCUCCCAGGACUGCGCCCGGCCUCAUCCGUUAUCUACCGCCAGCAGGGCAGGACCCCAUGGAAGCCCCG